AUGAAAAACUAAAUAACUGAGAGAGCUUCUAUUAAUGUGAGAUGUGAUAAAUGUAAUCGAAAAAAUGAUCUCAUUUCUGAUUGCUGUGUUGUAACUUCAUUAACAUUAAUUUAUAUAUAUUGUCAUGCAUGUGUUUAAGUUUUAUAAAAAUAGUUAAAAUUACAAAAAUUAGAUAUUGAAUAGGUAAAUGACAUUUUGUUAGAGUGUCGAAAAGUUUAAGCAUUUAUUACAUAAUAUAAUUUAGUUGAAUUAGUAUCAAAUUCAAUUUUUUUAAAAACAUUAGAAAUUGUAGAUCCUCUUAAAGAGUUACUUUAAAAUUCAAAAGAAUUUUAAAAUACCAUAAAUUUAAAUGAAGCAGAUUUUAAAAAUUAUUGUCAAAAGAGAAUACUUUAUAAAUAAUUAUUAGAAGAUGAAGUACUUAAAAAAAAGAUUGAAAAUGCUUCCUAAAAUUUAAAAAACAUUAUUAAAUAAUACUUUUAUGAUUUAGAAGGAAUCCCCUUUUUCUCUAUAUAAAUUCCAAAGAGCAAAUAUAUUAUUUUAUAUUCUAAGGUUUUAUCACAUUAUUUCCUAAUUUUAAAAUAUUACACUUAAUCAGAAUAUCUAUCUCAAUUGAAUAAUAAAGAAUUAGAGAAGAAAAUAAUAAAAUAAGGAUAUAACCCAUGUAUUUUUAUUUAAAUUUAUGACUUAAAUAACAAAAAUAAUAUAUAUGAGGAUGUGUUGAUUUAAAAUUAAAAACUAGAAUAUUUGAGUGAAGAAUUAAUUAAAUCUUAUUUAUUAGAAUAAAGAAAUAUUAUUUAUAUCUGUGUAGAUAAUGAUUAUUAUUAAAUUAAUAUAAAUUCUAAAUAACAUCCAUUAUAGAUUAAUGAUGUAAAUUUUUAAGUUAUUGGUGAGAAUCUCAUCUUUUUAGGAUAAGAUACUUUACUAAAAUUUGAUCCUAUUGAUUAUGAAAUUAUAUAACAAAAAAGUAUUUUUGAAAGAAAUUGGUCUAAUAAUGAAUUUUUGAUUUCUUAUGAUAAAAGGAUAAAUUCAUUUCUUAUGUAUAACUGCCCUAGUCAUAAUUAAAAUGAAAUUAUUUAAAUUAUACAACUAAAUACAUUAAGAUUUACUAAAAGAAUAAUUUUUGCUAAUUAUGAAAGAUAUGAUUACAAUAGCUUUUAUUAUCAAAAAUCAUUUAACUACAUAUUUAAUAUUAGUACUAUUGUACUUAUUCGAGAAUCCCAUGAAGGAACAGCAUUUUUAAUACUUUUAAAUUUGUAAACUAAUAAAAUCAUUAGAAAAAUUCCAUUAUCUUUUAAAUAACCACUGUAAAAUUUAUAUAUUUUGAAAAAUGAAACAAUUAUUUGUUUAAAAUAUCAAUUUGAUCAAGUGGAUAUGUAUUAAAUUUCAACAGGGAGAUAAAUUGUUUAAUUUGAACAAUUUUAGUUAGAUCCAAUAAUGUAAAAUGAGUAACUUGCAAUAUGUAUAAAAUAAGAUGAUAUUAAAUUAUUUAAAUUAGUCUAAUGA